AUGCUUAACGAAGAAGAACAGCGUAAUAUAAUUUCGUUACGAUAUCGAGCCGAUAGUAUGGCCGAUUCCGUAGCUUCCGAUACGAAAUCAGAUGCAGAAGCGAAGGUUUGGAACGUCUUUGAGCAAGUGUUUUGUUUUCUGAAGGGCAUGACGAUUUACCAGACACGACGACGUCUGAAGUUUACAAUUGUAUCACAAACAGUCAUCAAUUCGUUGCGGAUUUUCCCUAUUAUUCUUGGUCUGAGUUUUCAAGCUACUUUGCCCGUUCUCAUUCUCUACGUGACACUUGUAUUGGGCUGGCAUGGGACUAAGUUUCUUGUGCCCAAGUUUUUACUCAGUUAUAAAAUUGGUAUGCAGCUUACGCUGCUUGUGGACGUCAUUUGGUAUUAUAAAGGCUACAAUGGCAAGCUCAAUAGUGUUAGCAGUGGUACUUCUGUACUCAUGCAGGGGUUUUUCUCUAUUUUAUUGACGAUGCUCAAUAUUAUGGGCUUCAUGUAUGGCUGGAAGUUACGACGGAUUGUUAAGGCGGUACAGAAUCAACGAGAAUGUGAUCGUGCUGCUCUUGCCACGAUGAUGCCGUCUCCACAGGGGGCGAAUUCACUGCACCAGACCAUGUCAAUCAACCCGUCGGUCGGUGAGAUGGAUGAAAGACCGUCGGCACGUCGAAAGUUGUUGGUAGGUCCAGGGAUUCCAAACAGGAGGUUGCGAUGUAAACAGUCUGGAGUCUCGGCGACGUUGCCGAACGCGUUAAAAAGUAAGACGCAGCGGAGGAAGGAGGCGGAUGCUGAGGAAGAAGCACCUGUAUUUUGCUCCAACCUCAUUAUUACGAGCAAGUAUACAUACUACAAUUUUCUGUUUGUCUUCCUCAAGAUGCAGUUCAGUCGACUGGCAAACUUGUACACGACCAUCGUGGUGGCAUUGUGUUUCUUUGACUUUUCGCCAGUGAGUCCCAUAGCUAGUCUGACGCCACUUUUGAUCGUGUUUGCGACGUCUGCGCUUAAGGACGUGAGCGAGGAUCUUCGCCGGCAGAAGGGGGAUGCCAAGGUGAAUUCGAGACCGGCGCACAUCGCUCGCUGCGAUGCGACGGGAGAGGUGAGGCAUAUCAAUGGCAUUUGGCAAGACAUUGAAGUGGGUGAUGUUUUGGUAUUGAAAGACGGCGAUCAGGUUCCUGCGGACUGUAUUUUGCUGGCCACAAGCCGGCCGGACGGCCGAUGCUAUGUAGAGACAGCCAAUUUGGAUGGCGAAACUAAUCUGAAGAUUCGUCAGGUAGCCAGUUGCACAAAGCACUUUCUUACUGCUGAAGAGAUUUUGGAACGCCACGAGAUUGAGGUGGAGUGUGAUGUGCCGAACAAGGAUUUGUUUUAUUUUGAUGGUGUGUUGAAGCUCAAGCAAAUUGCGGGCGAGACUGUUGCGAGUAGUACCAAAGAGGAUCUGGAAACUAGCUUGACUAUGGAUAACUUGAUAUUACGUGGCAGUGACAGCCGCAAUGCCGAGUGGACGCUUGGGCUUGUGAUUUACACAGGCAAAGAGACGAAGAUACAGAUGAACUCGGUUGUUGUACCGCUUAAGCGUAGUUUUGUGGAGAAGACCUUGGAUACGAUGUUUGUGCUGGUGUUGAUGUUACUUUUUGGGAUUUCGAUUUCUUGCACGUUAGGCAACAACAAUUGGAACUUGGACCUAGCCGAUGAUGCGACGCCGUGGUACAUCCGGGAAGAAUCGAACGGCUACAUUUUUUUGAGUUACGUGAUUUUGUUUAACAAUUUGAUUCCGCUUUCUAUGUAUGUGACGAUGGAAGGUGUGCGUUUUGUUCACGCGCGCUACAUCGAAAACGACCUGGAACUAUAUAACGCCAAGACGGAUACACCCGCACAAGUUCGCAACAGCAACAUUAAUGAAGAUCUUGGACAGAUCCAGUAUAUUUUCUCCGACAAGACGGGUACGCUCACGUGUAACGAAAUGAUCUUUGCAAAGUGUACGAUCGCGGGACUGCGCUACAAUGACAUUGAGGUAGACAUGGAGAAACAAGGCAGACCUGGUACCAAGUUCAACGACGGUCGACUACUAGCUCGUUUGAACUCCAACCACUCUACAAAAAAGGAGAUUCAUGAUUUUCUGUUACUGCUGACAAUCUGCAACACUGUGAUUCCAGAGACCAGCAUGCCAAUGUCACCUACAUCAAUUAGCGACUCGUGCUCGACUCAAACUCCAACUAUUAAAUACAAUGCGUCGUCUCCCGAUGAAGAGGCGCUUGUUUUGGCUGCUGCAGACUUGGGUUAUGUGCUGUCUUCACGUGACGGUCCAAUAUGCAACACUGUUAUUCAAGGCAAACCGAUGUCGUUCAAAAUAUUGAAUGUACUCGAAUUUAAUAGUGAUCGGAAACGCAUGUCGGUAAUUGUGCGAUUCCCCGACGAUAGUAUUGUGCUUUACUGUAAGGGCGCGGAUGACGUAAUUUUCGAUUUGCUGUCGAAAUCGCAGCCACAGGGUGUAGCGCACGUGACACGCGGUCAUCUCCAGGAGUAUGCAUCCGAGGGUCUUCGAACUUUGACAACAGCUGUACGUCACCUUACGCAGGAGGAAUAUGACCAAUGGAGCCAAUUGUACCGCCAAGCGGAAUUUUCGAUGGAUGGACGCGCCGCCAAGAUUGCCAAGGUUUCGGCCAUUAUUGAGGCUGAGCUGACACUGCUCGGUGCGACAGCCAUCGAAGACCGAUUGCAGGAUGGCGUAGAGGAGUCUAUUUGUGCGCUGCGCAAAGCGGGCAUUAAAUUCUGGGUGCUCACGGGUGAUAAAAAGGAGACCGCGCUAAGCAUUGGCAUGUCGUCGCACGUGAUUGAUGAUAACAUGGAUGUGAUCGUACUGGGGCAGCGUGACAAGGGAUCGCUGCGCACAAAAUUGGAGGAGCUGUACGUCGACCUUGUUGAGGACCAAUGGGGAUCCGAUGAGACCUCAUCGGCGGUUAGUGUACUCUGGGAAGCUUUGAGGCGAGCCAUUAUGUACGUGUGGGAUUUGAUUAAGUUGGCUUUUGUGGGACGGAACGAAGAAGCAGAGGCUCGAAAAAAGAGGAGACGCCAUCCACGUCGGGAGCAUACCAGUGCGGAUACAUUGACUGAUGGCCCUGCGCACUACGAUGAGGUGUAUCCGGCUCUUCCAAACCCCGACAUAUCUGAGAACAGUUGUGACCGAGAUUUAUGUGACCACGACUUUGAGCCAAAAAUUGAUAUAACAACAGGAGGUACUGGAAGCAUGAGCAGCGGAGAUUACAUUGACGAGGAGCUGGAGUUUGCCAUGGUGAUCGAUGGUAGGACGCUUGCGCUGGUGCUGGAUGACGACAUCAAGUAUCUUUUCUUAGCAGUAGCUACGCAGUGCAAAUCAGUGAUCUGUUGUCGCUGCUCACCCGCUCAAAAAGCGUCGGUGGUGAAACUUGUGACGGAGCCCACACUCAUGUUUUCUCCAGGCAAUAUUACGCUUGCCAUUGGCGACGGUGCUAACGAUGUGCCGAUGAUUCAGGCCGCUAACGUGGGCGUCGGUAUUAGUGGCAAAGAGGGCCGUCAAGCUGUUUUGUCGAGCGACUAUUCGAUUGCCGAAUUUCAAUAUUUGAAACGCCUGCUUUUGGUUCAUGGCAACUACAGCUACAAGAGGAUAUCCAAGCUUAUCUUGUUUUCAUUUAUGAAAAAUGUGGCAUUAUCGUUGUCAAAUUUCUUUUUGGCACUGGAGACAAUGUACAGCGGUCUGCUGAUGUAUUUCAGCAUCUUUUUCACGCUUUAUAACGCGCUUUUUACGACAAUUCCUAUUGUAGUUAUUGCCAUGUACAACCAGGACGUGUCUCCUGCAGUCCUGAUGCAGUACCCGACAUUGUACGUAAACGGUCUAAAAAAUCGAUCGUUUAACUGGUUGUCCUUUUUCGGCUGGUGUGUGCUAGGCACGUGGCAUGCUUACGUGGUGUACGCGGUUCCGUUCUUCACAAACGGUUCCGUUGUUUGGUACUUAUCAAGUGAUUCGUCGAAGCUCUUAUUCGACAAGCGCGAUUUGGGACUUUGGGCGAACGGUGUUGCAUCGUACACGUACUUGAUCACAGCUUCGACGGUGCAAGUGUCGCUUAUGACGAGCAACUGGACAUGGACAAACGCCAUUUCAACUGUGGCAACUCUAAUAUUCUACUAUCUGUUUACAGCAUUCUUCUGUGCUGUAUUUGGGUGGACCAAGACUGAUUUUUACGACACAGAGGUUGGUUUUGGUAUCGUAAACCAACUUGUUCGCGAAGCGUGGUUUUGGCUUGGCCUCCUGCUGUCAGUUAUAGUUGCCGUAUUACCGAACUACAUUGCUAAAGCUGGACGAGUAUUAUUCUAUCCGGAGCCAUCUCACCUGAUGCGUGAGUGGAACCGUCUGGCCAAGGGUGAAGACGCUGCCGUCGUGGUGGACUCACCACGACUUGUACGUCGCCACACGGGUUUUGCAUUCUCACACUGCCCUGGUGAGACAGAGAUGGCGCUGGGGGCAUACCGGGGCAGCAAUAGACGAGACCCGUCUGGAUCAAGUCACAUAUCGGAGCCGUCAGACGGUGGCGUCCGUGCGCAAUCGCUGUCUUCGUCUACCGCAGACGGAUCGUCGCCAUCUCCCAAGGCAUUACACUAG